AUGGCUGCUUUCUGCACUUCACCUUUAUGGGACUGGAACUAUACCUGGCACUCGGAAUAUCCAAGGCUGACGCCAUGCUUCGAGACUACGGUCCUCGCCUACGCGCCUGCCACUCUGCUCGUGCCGUUCGGCCUCAUCUCGUCGCUUCUGGGACGGCGGAAAAAGCACUACGAACCCCUCUCCUGGACUCUGUUAAGUAUCUCCAGAUUGGCUGCGAGUCUUCUGCUGACCCUCACCUACGCCUUGUCGCUUAUGUAUAGACUGACCGUAGAGACAUCGUCCUCGUCAUCGGUGAUAGCGGAUCUCGUGCAAUGCAUCACUUUCGCCAUUGCCAUGAACACUCAGGAGAAUUGCCGAAAGAGGGGAAUUGGAUCUUCGAUGUUGCUGUUUUCUUUUUGGUCGGUGACUGCUGUCUGCAUGUUUCCCGAAUAUUCGCGCCACAUGUGGGAUGUCUUUGCCUCCGAAAGUUAUUUUCCCAACGUCUUGAGGUUCUCUGUGAUUGCUACAACUUACCCUGUUGUUCUCCUGCAGUUGUUGCUAUCCUGCUUGACUGACGCCAUGCAUGACGUAAAAAGGCCCUACCUUACCGCCCCACCGGUGUCCUUCCUUCUGUUCGGAUGGUUGUCAAAUCUCGUACUUCAGAGGUCCCAGCGCUUUGUCCAGCUUGAGGAUAUUUACAACAUGCCAGCAGACAUGAGGACUGGGCGAAACCACAGUAGGUGGAACGCGCUUUGGAUGAAGGAACUGGAUUCAGCUGGAUACGUACCAGGAAACGGAUCAUGUAGUGCCUCUAGACCGUUACCUUCAAUGUUCUGGUCACUGUGGAAAACGUACUGGAAGACUGUUGUAAUUUCGUGCAUCUUAGCUACACUACGAGCCAUAACCAAGAUAAUCACCGCUCUUCUGUUCUAUCUUCUUAUGGGUUACAUGGCCGGAAACGACCCCACGUGGAAAGGGAUAUUGUACGCCGUCGGUAUGAUAAGCGCCAACUUUGGAUCAGGCCUGCUUGCUGUCCACGCGAAGAGGACACUCAUCUUUGCGGGGCUAAAUGCAAAAACUGUAUUGGUGGCAGCAGUUUAUAGGAAGGUACUUCGGCUUUCCAGCGAGUCACAGAGGGACCACACAAUAGGGAAGCUAAUCAACUUGAUUUCUGUUGAUGCUGAUCGAAUCACCAAUCUUUGUUUCAGUUUUGGUCAUAUGGCCAGUGGGGUGCCGCUGAUUGUGAUUGCAGUGAUUCUUCUGUGGCAGUUCCUUGGAGGGGCCUGUCUCGCCGGGGUUGCUGUCAUGCUCAUUAUAAUGACUCUGACGGUACUAGCGUUCUGCGUCGGGAAAAAAUACCAGAUACGUCAAAUGCGAUUGAAAGACAAACGUCUAAAAAAUGUGGCAGAGAUGUUGAGCAGCGUGAAAGUUCUCAAGCUGUUUGCCUGGGAAGAUGUCUUUAUUAGCAAGUGCACAUCCUUGCGCCUAAAGGAAAUGGGUCUGCUGAAGAAAUAUUCGUAUCUUGCUGCGCUUUCCUUUUUUCUCCUUACUUGUUCGUCAUCUAUGGUUUCUCUAGCGAGCUUCAUUACAUACGUGUGGAUCAGCGAUGAUCACAUCCUCGACCCAAGGACUGCGUUUGUGUCGUUUACACUGUUUAAUUUUAUGCAUGUCCCCAUGUUUCUAAUUCCAGAUUUUAUAUCGAACGCGGUUCAGGCGAGCGUUUCAAUGGUGAGAAUUCGGAGAUUUUUACUGUCUUCUGAAGUAGAGGACUGUUCAGUCGGUCGACGGCUUGAUAAAAACAACGCGGUCUCUGUCAAAAAUGCAACUCUUUUCUGGUCGAAGGACAGAACCCCGGCGUUGAGCAACAUUAACCUCACAGUCAAGACUGGUCAACUGGUCGCAGUCGUUGGACCCAUAGGCUCCGGCAAGUCGUCUUUGCUGUCUGCAUUGCUGGGAAACCUUAGGAUUGGUUCGGGAUCCGUGGAUUGCAUAGAGAGUGUAGCGUACACCCCUCAGUGUGCGUGGAUCCAGAACAAGACCAUACGAGAAAACGUGCUCUUUACGGGUAAGUACGACGCCGAACUGUACGAGAUGGUUCUGAAGGCGUGUUGCCUCGAGCCAGACUUGGCGAUCCUUCCAGGUGGAGACAUGGCGGAAAUCGGAGAAAAAGGAAUCACCCUAAGCGGUGGUCAAAAACAGAGGGUCAGUCUUGCAAGAGCAGCUUACCAGAAGAAAGACCUUUAUCUAUUUGACGAUCCGCUCAGCGCAGUGGACACUCAUGUCGGAGCCUCCCUUUUCAAGGACGUUAUCGGGCCACGAGGAAUGCUCAGAGAAACCACACGGAUCUUGGUCACCCAUAACCUUUCGGUGCUCAGUGAAGUAGACUACAUUGUCGUCAUGCAGGAAGGGUCGGUUGUUGAGACUGGUACCUUUGAAAAACUCAAACAUGAAGGAAGUGUUCUUUCGGGAUUGCUAAAAAACGUUACACAGAAAGCUCCAAAAUUUGCAGUUAAUGAGAACAUGGCUACAAAUGUAGACUUUGAAUCAGACAUUGAGGGGGAACCAAAGACUACUCUUGUGCAGGAGGAGGCAGUAGAGGAAGGUUCAAUAAGCCUCCGAGUAUUGAGAACUUACAUACGACACGCUGGAUCCUUGCUGCUGUUGGUGAUUUUGUGUUACGCCGCUUACACUGCAAUCGGAGUGUUCGUUGCUUUAUGGUUAAGUGAAUGGACCAAUGAUUCACUAUCGUCUACCGGAACUCACGCCCUAUAUCUUCGCGCCUACAGAAUUGAGGUAUCCGUCCUCCUCGUAAUUUUCCAGGCCUUCUUUAAUUUUAUCGCAGUCGCCUUGCUGUGGAAGGUAGCGCUUUCCUCCUCCACAAGGCUUAACCUGUUGAUGCUCAAGGGUGUGAUGAGAGCGCCUCUUUCAUUUUUCGAUGUCACCCCCUCUGGACGAUUAUUGAACCGCUUCGGCAAGGACGUUGAUCAGCUUGAUGUCCAGCUUCCAACGUCAGCUCACCUUGCUCUUCAUUGUUUGUUACUGUUUGCAUCGUCUGUUGUCCUCAUAUGCACAUACUUUCCGACGUACAUCCUGGUUGUUGUUCCUGUUACAGUGUGCCUCCUGGUUUUACGUCAAGGGUACGUGGUCCAGUAUCGUCAAGUGAAAAGGCUGGAGACCGUCGCACGUUCUCUAGUUAACAACCAUAUUUCCGAAACACUUGCAGGCUUGAGCAGCGUCCGAAGUUUCAACGUUCAGGGUAUUUUCGUGCGGGAGAACGACGAAAAUAUUGACAGCUUGCACACCUGUACUGUGUACGGCCGUCUUUGUGAAUGCUGGAUUGAAGUCUGGACGGAGGUAGUCAAUGAAAUGCUUCUGUUUUUGAUGUUGUUGCUCCUCGUUGCCCGCCGCGACACAAUGAGCGCGGGAACAGCAGGUCUUCUAGUGUCUUACACGAUCAAUGCUGUAUCCGUGUUUAUCCACUUUAUUUUCCAUUCGACCGGACUAGAAGCAACUUUGAUAUCAGCCGAACGUUUAGAUGAGUACAGGCGUCUGACACCCGAAGGGCCGUGGAAAUCCAAGUUAAGACUGGACCCGCACUGGCCCCACGCAGGUGCGGUGUCUUUCAAGUCUUUCUCGACUCGGUACCGAGAUGGCUUGGACUUCGUACUCAAAGAAGUCAACCUAGACAUUCACGCUGGUGAGAAGUUGGGGAUCGUGGGACGAACGGGUGCCGGCAAAUCGACAGUAGCACUAAGCCUUUUCCGCAUUAUCGAAGCAGCGGCCGGAAGUGUUGUAGUAGAUGACGUGGACAUUGCAGCCAUAGGGUUACGGGACCUCCGUUCCCGGUUGACCAUAAUACCACAAGACCCGGUCUUGUUUCACGGCACUCUGCGGUUCAACCUCGACCCGACCGGGCAGCACGACACUAGCGAGCUCUGGUGGGCACUGAAUGAAUCUCAUCUUGGUGACUUCUUCAGAGAAAAUCGUGGUCUGGACUUUGAAGUUGCAGAAGGCGGACUCAACCUCAGCCUGGGACAGAGGCAACUGGUUUGGCUCGCGAGGGCUGUUUUGAGAAGGACAAAAAUACUCGUGCUCGACGAAGCCACGGCAUCGGUGGACAUGAACACCGACAUGUUGGUUCAGCAGACACUGAGAGAUGCGAUGAGUGGGUGCACUGUCCUGACCAUAGCUCAUCGUCUUCAUACGGUUCUGUCGUCGGACCGCGUCGUUGUGAUGGACCAAGGAAGUGUCGUUGAAGUCGGUAGUCCGACAGAACUGCUGACUGAUACGACGUCGUCGUUCUACGCAAUGGUUCGCGAAGCGGGAGUUGAAUAUCACGGCGCCAAGGUGUGA